AUGCCUCUGCCUCUGGAUGAAAAGAGUUCACAAUGCACACAAGAUCAGCACCUUCACACCCAGAGUGAGACCCAAAGGCUGGAGAAUGCACAGGUCCCCAAGUCUAUGGAGGAAAUCUUUCCCUCCUUCUCCAGCCUGCUAAUGCCAGUCAGGCUGAACAAGGCUCCUGCUGCUAAGACACUGAGUACUCCUGAGGGUCCUGAGAGUUCCUUCUCCACUUCCAUUGCCAUCACAGCUACCUCAUCAAGUCAACCUGAUGAAUCCUCCAGGACCGAAGAAGAAGAAAAGAAUCUGAGCACCUCAGAAGAUACAGCAAAACCCAGGAAUAUGUCCAUCGAUGCUCUAGAGAAAAAAGUGGCUUUCCUGGAGAGUUUCCUGCUGCUGAAAUAUCGAAUGAAAGAGGUAGCCACAAAGGAAGAUAUAUUGAAGAUUAUCAUCAAAGAUGAUGAAGACCACUUCCCUGAGAUCUUCCUGAGAGCCUGUGAGCACAUGGAGAUGAUCUAUGGCCUUGAUGUGAAGGAAGUAGACCCCACCAGCCACUGCUAUGGCAUCUUCAUCAAAUUGGGUCUCACCUACGAUGGGAUGCUGGGUCCUAUAGAAGGCUUGCCCAAGACCGGCCUGCUGAUCCUUAUGCUGUGUUUGAUCUUCAUGCAUGGCAACCGUGUCUGUGAAGAGGAAGUCUGGAGAGUGCUAAAUAUAAGAGAAAUAUAUUCUGGGCAGAAGCACUUCAUCUAUGGGGAGCCUAAAGAGUUCCUCACUAAUGAUUUGGUGAAGGAAAAGUAUCUGGAGUACCGCCAGGUGGCCAACAGUGAUCCUGCACGGUAUGAAUUCCUGUGGGGCCCAAGAGCCCAUGCUGAAACCAGAAAAAUGGAAAUCCUAGAGUUUCUGGCAAAGAUUCAUGGGACUGACCCAAAGUCUUACCCAUCUCAGUAUGAAGAGGCUCUGCGAGAAGAAGAAGAGAGAGCUCAGGCACUCUCAGUCAGGGCUGCCUCUACAUCCAUGGCCACUGCAAGUUCCAGUGCUGUGUCUGGCAGCUUCUCGGAAACCUAG